CCUCAACCAAUCAGAUUGCAUGUAAACUAUCACCCAUGGUGCAUGUGUGAGACUUCCACUAGUGGGUGCUUAACGUUAGUGCUUAGCUGUUUGGACUGGAGUCGACUAGAUAAAACAGUUCCUCGUUGAGGAUUAUCAGAACAAUCUAUUCAGUAGAUUUGUGGAUAGGUCUACUUGUAUAGUAGUGCACUAUUCAUCCGUCCUUCACAUCGCUUUAGAUUUGCUCCACCAAUUUCACCCACCCCCUAACAGUGACUCGGCAGAUAUUGUGACGACUGGGAUUCCCUGUGGUAUCCAGACCCAGCCAGGAACAUGACCAUGUUCAGCACGGGCAUCCUUGUGCUGACGUCUCCUCUCCACACCCUCCCAUUGCGCAUCGCUCCAGUGCUCAGCUCAGCUGCUCAGCUUGUAGAGCGCACACUGUACGUCCACCUCCACCCUGGGCUAAACCUGGGAAGUGGGAGCCAGCCUCGACCAGUUUUCAUUCCACCGGUAGUGGACCUGUCUGCACUCAUUACCCGCCUUUACAGCAAUGCAGCUGAUGUAUGUGGGCACCUGGAUGUUCGUGUUUUGCUGACCAAUGUUCGCGCUCAGUCAGCUGCCUGCAGCGGGACGACAAUCCCAAACUGCCCCUUCCCCACACCACAAUCUCUGUCUCACUCCCCGGAGGUGGUGCUAACAGACUUUCCUCUGCAGGACCCAGGUCAGUCCCAUCAGGUUACGCAGUGUCUACAGAGGUACACAGGCCACUGCUACGUCUGUAGCCCUAGUCUGCAGUCAGUGCUGCUUCACCCACAGCUAAUGAGGCUGCAGGAGAAAGAGGAAGGGCUGAAAGAGUCUGAAGAAAAGGCAGAACCCUUGGAGACCUACAGUGACGUGGUGGUAGGGGGGACAUUUGACCGGCUCCAUGGGGCCCACAAGACGCUGCUCAACAUCUCAUGCCUGUUAGCCAAUAGAAGGUUCCUUAUUGGUGUGUGUGACCAAGCAAUGCUGAAAAAAAAAGUGCUAAAGGAGCUGGUCGAGCCAUACUCUCUGCGGACCCAGAGAUUACAGGAGUUCGUGGAAGACAUCAAACCCUCACUGCAGGUGGAGAUCGUGCCCCUUGACGACCCCUAUGGAGUGUCUGUGGUUGACCCCUUGAUACAGUGCAUUGUGGUUAGCGAGGAGACGAGAAAGGGAGGCAUGGCUGUCAACAAGAAACGCAUUGAGAACGGCCUCCCAGCUCUCAUCCUCCAUGAGAUCCAGUUGUUGAAAGACGCCCACCACACUGAGACAGAGGAGGAGAAGAUCAGCUCCUCCAGUCUACGCUCUCGUCUGCUGGGCACCCUCCUUACCCCGCCUGAAGACGCAUCCCAUAUCGCUCCACUUCCAUACGUGAUUGGCCUGACAGGAGGCAGCGGCAGUGGAAAGACCUCCAUCGCCAGGCAGCUGGAGGCUUUGGGUGCCGUCCGGAUCGACUGUGACAAGCUGGGCCAUGAGGUGUACCAGCCCGGCACUGCAGCCUAUCACAGAGUGCUUGAAGAAUUUGGGUCAGAUCUUCUGAAUGCAGAUAAAACCAUCAACAGACGUGCAUUAGGAAGGAAGGUUUUUGGAAACCAGGAGCGGUUAAAAGCCCUAACAGACAUUGUAUGGCCUGAGAUUGCACUUCUGGUUAAGAACAGAAUCAGCCAAGCCAGAGAGGAAGGGAAACAAGUUUGUGUGUUGGAUGCAGCAGUUCUUCUGGAGGCCGGCUGGACCGACAUGGUCCACGAGGUCUGGGUCACUGUCAUCCCUGAGGAGGAGGCAGUGUUAAGGAUAACAGAGCGAGACGGUGUGACUACAGAGGAUGCCCUGCGCCGGCUGCAGAGCCAGUGGUCCAACAGCAAGCAAGUAGGGCACGCCAACGUGGUACUCAGCACGCUGUGGGAGCCAGAGGUUACUCGGAAACAGGUUCUGAAAGCUUGGAAUCUUCUUCAGAAGAGAAUCCAACACAGGCAAGAGGGACAUGCGUUGGUCACUACAUCAGCCCAGGUGUAACCCCGUGCAUACAGAAAAAGCAUGUGUCAGGUCCAGGGACAUGUGCGCACUAAUGACUGAUCCACAUAAGGAAACGCUGCCUUAGAAAUAAGUGAGGACUGUGCCAUUGCAGCAAACCCAACAAGCUCUCUCACUUCUUUGACCAAGACUCUGUGCCUAACUGAGUUUCCACAGGUUUUUAAAAUCUAGUUCUAUUUUAAGAUGCUUAGUCUAAAGAUGGAUGAGGAAAAAGAGAACUUCAUAAAUGAUCCCGAACAAAAUUAUUUUGGAAUUUGAAAGCUGGAAUUCAUGUUUGGGAUUAAUAAAGUGUUAUUUUAUCCAAAUAUCUUUUUUAUGAAUGGCAUGCCUUUAAAUUGGUACUGUUGUUUAAAUGAUAUGCUCAACAUUCAGCAAUCCCAGAUCAUUUUGAGACCAAACUUCUCAGCAAAGUCUAAUAUUUUGGGCACCUUGUCAGCAGAUGACACAACUUCUGUCCCUUUUUUCAUGUCUUCUAAGUAUAAUGAAUAUGAAUGUAGCUUGGAAAGCAACUAAUGGUAAGGGAAAGGUGAGGUACGAUUGAAAGAUUGUAUGAUUGCCACUGUAAAAUCAUAGGAUUAAAUGUUGUGUUAUUUGUGGUUUUAGAGUUGGGAGAAUAUUUUAACAAAUUCACUAUCAUUAUCAAAUGAGGCAUUAUAAACUACCUAUGUGCAAUAGAUAGGAUAUGUUAUACUACCAGUGUAGACGUUGAAAUACACAGGGCACUCAAAAAGAUGACAGUCAAACUGUACAUUGACUAAUAAAGGAAAACACAAAAGACGUGAAAAAAUCUCUUUGAAAUAUCUUUUAAUAAAAUGUUGAAAAAUCUUCAAUUGCAAUCAAGAAUGAGCUCACCUGAACAUUAAAAUAUUCACGUCUCUGAACAUACCUGAAAAAGCCAAAAGGAACAGCACAGUGAAAAUCAUGUUGUGUUUAGCUAAUGGUAAAUUUCUUGUCAGAUACUACAAUGAUAUUAUAAACCAAUGUUUGAUGAAGUCAGUGAGGUGUCAUUUGCUCAGUUUGUGAGAAAUUUAAAACAUCACGAUUUUACCAUCUUGCAUGUAACCUGGAAACUUAGUGGAAUACUUUUAAGAAUUGGCGUUACAUUAAAUAUAUUGUUUUUAAACC